AUGGGAGCCAUGCCUAGGUGGGCCUCGGGCCUCCUGGUCCUCCAGGUGCUGCUCUUGGUGAACGGGGAGCAGGGCACACAGGACACCACUGCCGUGGCCAGCGCUGCUGCUGAGAAGGGGCUCCACAUGCAGAAGGUGGGGUCUGGCUCCGUGCGAGCCGCCCUGGCGGAGCUGGUGGCCCUGCCCUGUUCCUUCACCCUGCGGCCACGGCCAGGGGCGGAGGGAGAAGCCCCUCGGAUCAAGUGGACCAAGGUGCGCACGGCAUCGGGCCAGUGGCAGGACUUGCCCAUCCUGGUGGCCAAGAACAACGUGGUUCGAGUGGCCAAGGGUUGGCAGGGACGUGUGUCUCUGCCCGCCUACCCCCAGCACCGGGCCAACGGCACGCUGCUCCUGGGGCCCCUGAGGGCCAGCGACUCUGGGCUCUACCGCUGCCAGGUGGUGAGAGGCAUCGAGGAUGAACAAGACCUGGUGUCCCUGGAGGUGACCGGUGUCGUGUUCCACUACCGGGCAGCCCAGGAUCGCUAUGCACUGACCUUUGUCCAGGCCCAAGAGGCCUGUCGCCUCAGCUCGGCCACCAUUGCAGCCCCGCGGCACCUGCAGGCCGCCUUCGAGGACGGCUUUGACAACUGCGAUGCGGGGUGGCUCUCUGACCGCACCGUUCGGUAUCCCAUCACCCAGUCCCGCCCUGGUUGCUAUGGUGACCGUAGCAGCCUUCCAGGGGUGAGGAGCUAUGGGAGGCGCGACCCACAGGAACUCUAUGAUGUGUAUUGCUUUGCCCGUGAGCUGGGGGGAGAGGUCUUCUACGUGGGCCCGGCCCGCCGGCUGACCCUGGCGGGCGCGCGCGCCCAGUGCCGGCGCCAGGGCGCGGCGCUGGCCUCGGUGGGCCAGCUGCACCUGGCCUGGCACGAGGGCCUGGACCAGUGCGACCCGGGCUGGCUGGCCGACGGCAGCGUGCGCUACCCGAUCCAGACGCCGCGCCGGCGCUGCGGGGGCGCCGCCCCGGGCGUGCGCACCGUCUACCGCUUCGCCAACCGCACCGGCUUCCCGGCGCCCGGGGCGCGCUUCGAUGCCUACUGCUUCCGCGCUCAUUACCCUACUCCCCAACACGGAGACCCAGAGGCCCCCUCCUCUGGGGAUGAGGGGGAGAUUCCAUCGGCAGAAGGGCCUCCAGCCAGAGAACUGGAGCCCAACUUGGGAGAAGGGGAAGUGGUCACCCCUGACUUCCAGGAGCCUCUGCUGUCCAGUGGGGAGGAAGAGCCUCUAAUCCUGGCAGACAAGCAGGAGGCUCAAGAGACCCCCAGCCCUGCCCUCGGGGUUCCCACACUAGCCUCAAGGCCUUCCCCGGAGACUAAGGAGGUGUGGCUAAGCACCGUGGCCCCAUUCUCGGGCAGCCUGGAGGAAGGCACGUCAGCUGGCACGCACAGCAAGGCGACCCCAGCCAACCUCAAGCCCAAGAGGCAGGGUCGCUUUAAAGGCUUGAAUGGGCGCCACUUCCAACAACAGGAAUUCCAGCAAGGGCUGGAGGGAAGGCUUGAGGUCAGUGCCCAGCCUCCCACCCCAGAGGCUGCUGGGAACCACGUGGAGCCUCCCCUGGCCACCGGAGCCGCAGACUCCUUAGGAAGUGGCAGGAGCCAAAGCCCCUGGGCUGUGCUGUCCAACGAAGUGGAUGUUCCUGGAGCUGGUUCCCCUGGUGGCAGGAGCCCCCCAGAGCCCUGGCUGUGGCCCCCAACAGUGGUACCACCCAGCGUCCCAGGCCCCAGCAGGGCCCUUGGCCUCGAGCUGGAGGAAGCCAAGGGCCCCAGUGUGAGGCUUGAUACCCUCAAACCUCCCUGGUCCUCCUCAGAGGCCACUGCUCCGGCUCCCAGCCCCUCAGAAGAUCCCAGGAGUGUCCCCUGGGAAGCAUUGCCCAUGGUCACCUCCCAAGACCUCCCUGUCGUGGCAAUGCUUCGUGCUCCCAAAGUGUGGCUCCUGCCACAUCCUACACCCCUCCCUACCCAGAUCAGUGGGGUUAAGGGUCAUAGUGAGGCCAUGCCCUCUGCCCUCCCCUCCCUGGCCUCGGAGACCCAGGCGGGCCCCCAGGACCCCAUCCAUCCAGAGAUGUAUUCCUUGCCCCCCUCCUUGGGCCUGACAGGACAAGGUCGAGAGGUCGUGUUCCCCACAUCCAGUGACCACAGAGCAGGAAGCCCCACCACCCUCUCGCAGGUAGCCACGGACACACAAACCAGAACCAGUCCUCAUGUCCCCAGGGAAGACUUUGGAGAGAUUGGGGGGACCAGCCCCACUGGACUCAACAAAGCUGAGCACCCCAGCUCCAGCCCACAGGCUUCUGUGGAUUGGAAUGUGGCAGCAGAUUUCACCCUCACAGAGAUGGCAACUGAGCCCACAGGAGGAAGAGGAAUCUCAGGGGCUGAGUAUGGGGCCUUCAACACAGCAGAGAGUCCCACUCCCAGCUCAAAGGCCGCUGAGGAAGAGGCACAGGGCACGUGGCCCUCACUGCACAUCAAAGAGCUGGACCCCCCCACCUCCUCUGCACCGGAGGGGGACCCCAGAGUUUCCCUGAGUUUGGAGCCUUGGGCGGCUACCGAUGGAGGAGGUACAGAGGGUCCCACACAUACAGCCACAGUGGACCCCAGUGAUGCUGGUAGGAUUUGGGAAUCUGGAUCCCUCAUGGCUGAAGGAGCUGAACGCCCCACCACGAGCCCUCAAGUGGCUGUGGACACAAAGGUGGUGACGUCCCUCGUGUCCCUGGACCAGGGGGACGAGGGUGGGGUCCCGGCCACAUCCACAAUUGACUCCUCCAGCUCCCAACCCCACCCAGAGCCAGAGGGCCAGAUGGCGACCCAGGGAACACUGGAAGCCUUGGUCCCUCCACAUGAGGACAUCCCCCUGGGGGAUCCCACUCUUCCUCCCUGGACACCUACGGUGGCCAGUACGGACAAGCCUGUGUCAGUGUCCUCAGGGGAGCCAACAGAGCUAUGGGACUCUCCCAGCACUCUGCUGCCUGCCCCUCGGGCCCUGGACAAGUUUGAGCUGGAGGUCCUUGCAGGAAGUGCCAAUGUGGAGGAGGCAUCAAGUGGAGAGGAGCCGGCCCUGCCAGGGACCCCUGCAGAUGGGAGCGCAGAGCAGACCCCGCUGGAUCCCUGCGAGAACAACCCUUGCCUGCACGGGGGCACCUGCAAAGCCAAUGGCACCCUCUACGGCUGUAGCUGUGACCAGGGCUUCGCUGGAGAGAACUGUGAGAUCGACAUCGACGACUGCACCUCCAGUCCCUGUGAGAAUGGAGGCACCUGCAUCGACGAGGUCAACACCUUCACCUGCCUUUGCCUCCCGAGCUACGGGGGCAGCCUCUGUGAGAAAGACACGGAGGGCUGUGACCGAGGCUGGCACAAGUUCCAGGGCCACUGCUACCGGUACUUUGCCCAUCGUCGGGCGUGGGAGGAUGCCGAGAGGGACUGUCGCCACCGAGCUGGCCACCUGACCAGCAUCCACUCACCUGAGGAGCACAACUUCAUUAACAGCUUUGGGCGUGAAAACACGUGGAUUGGCCUGAAUGACAGAAUCGUGGAGAGGGAUUUCCAGUGGACGGACAAUACAGGGCUGCAAUAUGAGAACUGGAGAGAGAACCAGCCGGACAAUUUCUUCGCGGGCGGGGAGGAUUGUGUGGUGAUGGUGGCACAUGAAAGCGGGCGCUGGAAUGACGUUCCCUGCAACUACAACCUCCCCUACGUCUGUAAGAAGGGCACAGUGCUGUGCGGCCCGCCCCCGGCGGUGGAGAACGCUUCGCCCAUCGGUGCCCGCAAGGCCAAGUACAACGUCCACGCCACCGUGCGCUACCGGUGCGACGAAGGAUUCACCCAGCACCACAUGUCUGUAAUCCGGUGCCAGAGUAAUGGCAAGUGGGACAGGCCCCAAAUCGUCUGUACCAAGCCCAGAAGGUCCCAUCGGAUGCGGCGACACCAUCACCACCACCGUCACCACCAACGCCACCACCACAAGUCACACAAGGAGCGCAGAAAACACAAGAAGCAUCCGGCAGAGGACUGGGAGAAGGAGGAAGGGAACUUCUGCUGA